AUGAUCUUCGGUGCAAGUAGCACCUUCAUCGUCGCCAAUCUGUAUUAUUCUCAACCGUUACUCAUCCAUCUGUCUGAAUCAUUCGGUGUAUCAUAUGACCGCAUCUCCAGUGUUCCUACUCUUGUACAGGGCGGAUACGCCGCAGGAAUCCUCCUUGUCACACCUCUCGGCGACCUCGUUCGACGGCGACAACUCUUAUUGCUGAUUAUCACCAUCUCCAUGCUCCUCACCGUCGGUCUCGCAGCAACUCACUCCCUCAUCGCAUUCGAAGUCAUAUGCUUCUUCAUCGGCGUCUCGAGCUGUUCUCCGCAGGUUCUUGUUCCUCUAGCAGCAGAUCUUGCCCCGCCAAACAAACGAGCCAGCGCGAUCUCGAUCGUCCUGUCCGGCCUACUUCUCGGUGUCAUGUUCGCAAGAAUCAUGAGCGGGGUUGUCGCGCAGUACAUCACCUGGCGUGUGGUGUAUGCUGCCGCUUGCGGUCUUCAACUGGCUUCACUAGUGGCUCUAUGGGCAACGCUUCCCGACUUCCCGCCAAAAGCUAAGAAGGGAACGACAUAUGCGCAGAUCCUCACAACCAUGUUCCGUCUUGCGGCUACAGAACCUACGCUUAUACAAGUCUGCUUGGUCCAAGUGGGAGCCGCCGCUAUGUUCACAGAGUUCUGGGUAACUCUGACCUUCCUUCUCGGCGACAGCCCAUAUCACUACGGAAGUACCGUCAUUGGCCUAUUCGGCCUCAUCGGCGUCGUGGGCGUGUGCUGCACACCCAUCUACGGACGAGCCAUUGACCGGCUCGUACCGUGGCACGUCUCCGUGGCGAUGACCAUCGGUCUUCUCUCGACGUUCAGCCUAUACUGGGGCGCCGCAGGAGUUUCUCUCGCGAUACCCGUACUAGUCACUCUAGGACUAGACGUGUUCCGUCAGUCUCAGCAGAUCAGUCUCGCCACCCGCAUCUUCAUGCUGGACGACGGUCUCCGUUCACGAUUGAACGCAUGUUCGAUGUUCUCAAUCUGUAUGGGUCAGGCAAUCGGAAGCGCGGCAGGGUCGAAGGUCUUUCUCCAGUACGGCUGGAGAGCCAACGGCGCACUCAUGGUCGCAUUUUGCUUGUUCCAACUCUUCGUCCUCCUUGCGCGCGGACCGCACACGAAGCGCUAUACAUGGUUCGGGUACGAGGGAGGACUCAACUGGCGCCGUCAACAGCCGGCGCCCGUACAAGAUGCGGAGAACGGCGUGUCAAGCGCGGGGACGGAGAAGGAGAAAGAAGAAGCGGGCGAUGAUCAGACGCGCGCGCCGAGCUUGGAGGGUGAUGUGAGGGAGAAGGAUGAAGAAUCUGAAGAUGAUAAGGGCCCUUUGUCCGAGUCGCAGACGCGGGUGCCGUCGCCUACACAGGAUGUAGAUGAGGAGGAGAAGGGCGACACCAGAGAGCAUACGACUCUUGGUUGA